CCUCCCACCUACUCCGGCUGCUGCACGAGUCGUAUUUCCGGUUUUCCGCAAACUGAAGCGGCUUCACACGGGUAGUGCGCACCAGGCAUGGCAGACGGCUUCACCUCAUCAUGGCCGUACGACACUACACUCUCGACUUCAGCCUCUCUGCGCCAGCUGACUGUUCCACGACUGUUCGUGGACUGCAGUCAAUUUUUCAGGAACAAGAAAUGACAGAAGCCAUUCACAACACAGAAGGCCAUGGCUACUUGGCAACCUUCAUUGGCAAGAAUGGCAGGUUUGUUGUUCUACGGAUCCACAAGCAUGGCCUGGUGACACUUGACCUGCAGUGCUAUGAAGCGGACAACCUCAUGCAAGUAGAUCAUCUGAUGAAUGCACUGGAAAAGAAGUUGAAAACUCUUCUGCACAGGAAUAUCAGGAAGAUUAAAAGGCUGCCGGCUCUGCAGCGGGGGGCCAAGGUGGACCGGUACUGGCCCACCGCCGACGGCAGGCUGGUGGAGUACGACAUCGACGAGGUGGUUUACGAGGAGGACUCCGUCUACCAGAACAUCAAGAUCCUGCACUCCGCUCAGUUCGGGAACAUCCUGAUCCUCAAUGGUGACGUCAACCUAGCGGAGAGCGACCUGGCCUACACGCAGGCUAUCAUGGGGGGCGGGAAAGAACAGUAUGCUGGGAAGGAGGUGCUAAUCCUCGGGGGAGGUGAUGGGGGCAUCCUCUGUGAGGCCGUCAAGUUUAAACCAAAGAUGAUCACCAUGGUGGAAAUUGACCAGCUGGUGAUUGACGGGUGUCGGAAGCACAUGAGGAAGACUUGCGGAAAUGUCCUGGACAAUCUGAAGGGAGACUGCUACGAGGUGUUGGUAGAGGACUGCGUUCCCGUGUUGAAGAAGUUCGCCGAAGAGGGGAAGACGUUUGAUUACGUCAUCAACGACCUCACUGCUGUCCCCAUCUCCACCGCACCAGAGGAAGACUCCACGUGGGAAUUCCUGCGUCUGAUUCUGGACCUGUCAAUCAAAGUUCUGCGACCGUCUGGGAAGUACUUCACGCAGGGAAACUGUGCAAACCUGACUGAGGCGUUGAGUCAGUAUGAGGACCUCCUGGAGAAGCUCAGCUCCCCUGUAGAUUUCUCAAAGGAGGUUGUGUGUGUUCCAUCGUACCUGGAGUUAUGGGUUUUCUACACGAUCUGGAAGAAGUGAAAUCCUGUCUCUCAAACCCUGCCUCCUACCUGCGCGACGGCAGUGAAGAAAAUUUGAGCUGAUUUUCCACAGCGCAGGGGAGAAACAGUGCUGUUUUUACUGUCCCUUUUGUUUUGAACCUGCAGACUUAAAAAAAAAAAAAAAAAAAAAAAAAAGAAAAAAAAAACAUUUACUGUUAAUACUUUGUGAUGGAAGUUUAAAAAACAGAAUGUAUUUUGUUUGCGAGUUUGGUUUGGGCGAUGUUUUUGAGUGCCUCCUGGGGGCACUGGCUGGCAGCGCGGAGUGAAAGCUGCUUGAUACACUGAUGGAGAGUGACUCUGCAUUUUGCACGGAGCAGGCUCUGCCAAACUCCUGCUUCUGUGGCUUUCCUUAAUAGUUCCCAUUUAGAUUAACGCACCCAUAGGACCAGUUUCGAUUACCUUUUUUUCCAUUUGAAUACGGUUUAUUGUUUUUUUUUUGUUUUUUUUUGGUAGUUUUAAUUGUUCUUUUUUUCUUCUGUGACUUCUUUCUUCUGUAACUUUGGCUUGAAUGUGAUUUUGAUUCACGAUGCUUCCUGAGGAUGGAUCGGCAGCGGUGAUGCAUUCUGGGAUAUCCACGGAUUCAGGACCUGCACUGACCCCGCCCACUGCAGUUCAUGUGCGUUUCAUGUGGUUUAAAAGGGAAAUGGGUCCUUUUGCCUUUAGUUUUGUGCUUGUUUCAUUUUUUUUUUGCCGAACUGUGAAGACUUUUAUAUAAUCAAGUGUCUCCCUAGUGUUCCCUGCUGGUCUUCCACAGUUUUUUCUCCUUUUUUGAGUUUUAGUGCAUUUCUGUGAAAAUUGUUUGAUGCACAUGCUGAAAAUUCAAGGUUUUACUGUAUGUAGCAUGCACAUACAUACAUAUAUGCACAUUUUCCCUAAUGAGGUGAUUUGUUGAAGUUUAUUUAUUAAAUUUUACCAAAUGCCUGGUC